AUGCUACUUAAACCUUACGUUGCUACUGUCAACAGCAGACUGCUUUUAGAUAUGUCACAUGCGAUAAUUCCAAUGAAUCUGAUGACAAAUGUUUCUGAUACUUGCUGCCCACGUUUUCCUUUGAAAACAGAAAGAUUCUCAAACGACAAAAGCAGCAUGAAGACAACUUUUAAAAGAGAAUCGCUUCAUACAUGUAUAUACAUCUUUUCUUUACCUUCCAUGCCACGUGAAGAUAUUUUCUUUAUAAAAAAAAGUCAUAUUUCUGAUGAAAUGAAAAGAAAUGACGGAAAAAAGAUUCGACAUCUCAUGCUCAAAGAGCCUUUAAACAAAGUUCGUUUUUACAGAAUUUAA